CUUCCGGCGGCUGUUGGCUCUGGCGGCCGUGCCGGGGCGUCCCGCGGAAGAUGGGGAAAGUGCGGGGGCUGCGGGCGCGGGUGCACCAGGCUGCCGUGCGGCUCGCGGGGGAGGCCGCGGCCGGCCCCGCGCCCCCGGCCCCGGACGCGGCCCUUCCGCAGGCGUCGGCCGGCGGAGCGGCGGGCAAGGACUGGGCUUUUGUCCACACCGACAUCUUUGCCAAGACCAAGAUCGACCCCAGUGCCCUGGUGCAGAGGCUGGAGCUGGACGAGAGGAGCGUCACGGCAAUCAGGAGAGGAGCUGAGGUCAAGGCUGUUCUGCCCAAGAAGGAGAAGUUGAGGCUGCGGCGUGAGCGCUGGCUGCAGAAGAUCGAAGCCAUCAAGCUGGCUGAGCAGAAGCGCCGUGAGGAGCGGAGGCGCCGGGCCACCGUGGUGGUGGGGGACCUGCACCCACUGAGGGACGCCCUGCCCACGCUGCAGGAGCUGGGGGCCCCCAGCCAGCCUCACACCAGAGGGCGGCAGAGCAGCAAGCCCAGGCCAGCGGAGCUCAGCCGGAUGAGUGCGGCCCAGAGACAGCAGCUCCUCGAGGAAGAAAGGACCCGGUUUCAGGAGCUACUGGCCAGUCCAGCCUACAGAGCCAGCCCCCUGCUGGCCAUCGGGCAGCAACUGGCCCACCAGCUACAGCUGGAAAGCAGCAGCCAGCUGUGACCAGCACACCAGUGUGUCCUGAGCUCCGCAGGACGCACACGGACCGUGUCUCAAGCCUGGAAGAGGGAAAACACACACCCCUCCUGGGGCGCACACACACACACACGACACACACCCCUCCUGGGAGCACACACAGAGAAUGCCUCUGUGCCACAUACACACACACCCCUCUUGGGAGCACACACACACACACACCCCUCCUGGGAGUGCAUACACACACACACACACGUCUCUGACAGCUAGCCUAGGGGGGGCAGGAGGCCUGGCUGUGAGGGGCCUGCAGUGCACUGUGGGCUCACUUCCUCAUCCCAGAGGCCCCUACACUCACAGGCCUCCCGGCUGAGAGGGGUGCUGACGUCACGUGUCUGGGAAGGCCGCCUACGGGUGUAGAUGUCUCAUCCGUGAGUGGUCCAGGGACCUGUCGCUGUCACUGAUGGAGAGAGCACCUAGGGGCGGGGCCUGCUGCUUGACUGUCUUCCGUUGGCCCUGUCUUGGCUUUCAGCUCCGCUGCCUGCAGUGCCCUGGUCGGUUCCGGGCCACUCAGUUGCCUCAGUCACCAAGUGUCCACCCCAUCGUGGGCUCCUCCUGCCCUUCUCUGGACUCCCUCUGGCCUCGGUGCUGCUGAGCCCCGGCUGCCUCUGCCGACCACGGCAGAAUGCCCUCCUGGUGCACGGGGAUUGGAGCAGGCCCAGCCUGGCCUUGGACCCUUUGCUGCGUCUGAGGGAGACAGAGUCCCUUGUGUCCCUGAAGCCGCCGUCAGCCAGGAGACAGUUGCACUGCCCUGGCAGAAGCCGUUCGUGAAGCAGCAGUGGUGACAAGCCCAUGACCGUGGUGAGGUAAGCGCCGGGCCCAGAGCCAGGCGUGCGUGCAGAUCUCACAGUGUGCCUGGAGCGGGCUCGUCUGAGCUGUGUCAGCCCGUGGCAGGGCUGUCCCCACCCAGAGUCCACAUGGGUCAGUCCUGGGCCUCUCCCGGAGCUGUCUCCAGAUCUGGGGUCAGCACAAGGGCCCCUGAAGGCUCGUCCUUGGCUGGGUUAGUGUUCUGAGAAACACCCCCACCCCACCGGCUUCCCAGGCUCCAGGGGACUCCAGUCUGACCGUGGCUUGUGCCCACCUGCUCCUGACACUUGGCACCAGAACUCAUGACUCUGGCGUAGAAACUGGUGCCUCCCCUCGGGGGUCCUUCAUGGGAGAACAGACCACGUGUGGCCAGGAUGGGGCCUCAGCCAGGGGACAUUGCAGCCGGCCCCUGCAAAGUCUGCUGGGCGUCCAGGCCUCGCACCUGGGUGCUGGCCAUGCUGUGUGGGAUGGCCCUGGAGGAGCAGGAUUGCUGGGCAGAGUGGCCCGGGAAGGAGCCGCACGCUUGCUCUGCCUGGGCACAGACAUCCCAGGACGGCGGGGACACGGGCUGGGGACUGCUGUUGUGCGUUUCUAAUAAAUCCGAGAGGGGCUUCGUGAA